AUGGCUCCUCGCGACGAGCUCGAGUACCUCAAGUCCCUCGUCGGCCAGCUCAAUGACAAAAUAGCCGCGCUCGAGGCCAAGGCCAAGGCCGCCAUCUCUGCGCCGACGCCCGCUGAGCAGCUGCGUACCAUCCUCGUCGGUCCCCCUGGUGCCGGCAAGGGUACGCAAGCUCCUAAGAUCCGGGAAAAGUUCUGCAUCUGCCACCUGGCGACCGGUGACAUGCUGCGGGAGCAGGUCGCGCAGAAGACCGCGCUUGGUGUCGAGGCCAAGAAGAUCAUGGACGCGGGUGGGCUCGUCAGCGACGACAUCAUGGUCGGCAUCAUCAAGGACCAGCUCGAGAACAACAAGGAGUGCAAGAACGGCUUCGUCCUGGACGGGUUCCCGCGCACAGUGCCUCAGGCGGAGAAGCUCGACCAGAUGCUCGAGUCGCGCAAGGAGAAAUUGGACUCCGUCGUGGAGCUCAUUAUCCCCGACCAGCUCCUCAUUUCCCGUAUCACCGGCCGUCUGAUUCACCCCGCCUCUGGCCGGACAUACCACAAGGAGUUCCAUCCGCCAAAAAAGCCCAUGACUGACGACGUCACCGGCGAGCCGCUCAUCCAGCGGUCCGACGACAACGUCGAGACGCUCACUAAGCGCCUCACGUCGUACCACAAGUCGACCGGGCCCGUCGUCGACUACUACAAGAAGAAGGGCCUGUGGCACGGCGUUGACGCCGCGCAGAGCCCAAGUGUCGUCUGGGACAACCUGUCUAAAAUCUAUAAGGCAAAAUAG